GGGAUGCAAUCCUGCAAGAUUCUUUCUAUGCGAGGAGGUCCCGAAGCAUGGAGGAGAGGGAGAUAAUCCAGAAGUGCACAAACUUCCAGGGAAGAAGAACACACUGAGGAGAGAAAGAUCUAUGAAACAGCACAGCACACCCUGGAAGACUGGGUUCAACAUGGCAACCAGUGCCUACACAGACUGGACGUCUGGAUUCACAACAGAAGUACCUCCUAUCACCAGUCUCCGUAUGGAAGCUGCUGAUAUUGCUGUGGUUGUCACGUAUUUUGUCAUUGUCAUGGUGAUUGGAAUCUGGGCUUCAUGGGUUCUGGUGGCUCUAGGUUGGAUUUUUGUCCCUGUUUACAUCUCUGCUGGUGUGAUGACCAUGCCUGAAUAUCUGGCCAAGCGUUUCGGAGGCCGCAGGAUUCGCACAUAUAUGUCUGUUUUGUCCCUCAUUCUCUACGUUUUCACAAAAAUAUCAACAGAUAUUUUUUCAGGAGCAUUGUUUAUUCAGGUUUCGUUGGGUUGGAAUCUUUAUCUGUCUACAGGCAUAUUACUGCUGGUCACAGCUGCUUACACUGUAGCAGGUGGUUUGGCAGCAGUCAUCUACACCGACGCAUUCCAGACUUUAAUCAUGGUUGGUGGUGCCUUUUCACUGAUGUUCAUAGCUUUUUCCAAGGUUGGCUGGUAUGAGGGCCUGGAGGAUCGUUACAUGUCAAGUGUUCCCACGUUGACAGUGGCCAACACUACAUGUCAUAUUCCCCGUUCGGAUGCAUUCCACAUGUUCAGAGAUCCCGUGUCAGGAGACUUGCCCUGGCCUGGUUUAAUUUUUGGUCUCACUGUACUGGCUACCUGGGUGUGGUGCACCGAUCAGGUCAUCGUUCAGAGGUCACUGUCAGCCAAAUCUUUGUCUCAUGCCAAAGGAGGAAGUGUUUUUGGAGGCUAUCUCAAACUGUUGCCAAUGUUCUUCAUCGUGAUGCCAGGCAUGAUAAGUCGAGCUCUAUUCCCAGAUGUUGUUGGUUGUGUGGAUCCGGCCCGGUGUCAGAGUAUUUGUGGAGCAUCAGUGGGAUGCUCAAACAUCGCUUAUCCUAAACUGGUGGUAGAACUAAUGCCUGUGGGACUUCGUGGUCUGAUGAUAGCAGUAAUUUUAGCUGCUCUGAUGUCAUCUCUGACCUCCAUUUUCAACAGCAGCUCCACUUUAUUUACUUUGGACCUUUACCACAAAGCCCGGCCCAAAGCUUCAGAGAUGGAACUGAUGAUUGUUGGAAGGGUUUUCAUCCUUAUAUUGGUGUGUAUUAGCCUGCUGUGGAUUCCAGUGGUUCAGACAGCCAACAGUGGACAGCUCUUUGAGUAUAUUCAAUCGGUCACCAGUUUUUUAGCUCCACCCAUCACUGCUGUUUUCAUAAUGGCAAUCUUCUGGCCUCGUGCCAAUGAGCAGGGUGCAUUUUGGGGUCUGAUGAUUGGUCUGGUGGUAGGACUGACGCGGAUGAUUGUAGAGUUUGCCUACAGCCCUCCUUCCUGUGGUCAGCCUGAUAGUCGUCCAGCRGUUUUGACGGAUGUCCACUACUUAUACUUUGCUCUCAUACUGUUGGCUUUCACUUGUCUCGUAAUCAUCGCCGUCAGCUUGGCCACAGCUCCAAUACCAAAGGAACAUCUGUACAGAUUGACCUGGUGGUCCAGACACAGCCUUGAGCCACGUACUGACCUCACAGUCUCAGAGGUGCCUCCGGAACCAGUGGACUCCGGUUCUGACCCGGGGCCUCAACCUACAUGGAAAAGAGUGCUGCUGUGUGUUUGUGGUCUGAGUACUCAGACCUCUCAACCUGCAGGUCCAGUGAGUGAAACAUGUGAAGUGAACUUCCUGCAGGAGAAGCCUUUGUGGAGAAUGUUCUGCAACGCCAAUGCCCUGCUACUGCUAGCUGUCAACGUCUUCCUCUGGGGAUACUUUGCUUAACGUGAAGAUGUCUGGAAAAACAUGGAAAUGUAGCUUUUAACUUUAUAUAUGGAAAUUAAUCUUUUUUUGAUUCAAGGUUACUCAAACUUUGGGAAAAAAAUAUGCAGGAAGUCAGUUGUCAGACAUUAAUAAACUAACGUGUAUUUAGUUUUGUUUAUUGUWUGACACCAAACAUCAAGGAGACAAUAAGGAAACAUUCCACUGAUCAAAUUAUGACAAGACAAAAAACGUAGAAAAAAAAAAGAAAGGGAAACAAUCGACAGACGUUUUUUAUUGGAUGCAAUUCAUUAGAAAAUGCCUCCUUAUUUCUCUCUCUGCCUUCUAUGCAGAACGAGGAGASAAGAGAAAAAGGCAAAGCUGCAGCGGCUGCCAAUCAAACACGCAGCAGCGUAUCCUGCUCGCCGCCGCCACUGUAAAUAUCUAAACACYUGAAAGAAAAUAGGUUUUAUUUAUGCAGAAUGUGAUGGGAACUAUGUCAAAAAUGUGGCAAAAUAAUAACUGGAAAAUAGGUGAUGAAAGUGAAAGAUGAUUCUCAGAGAGAAAAUUGCCAAACUUUUUUUCCUGAAGGGAAACACACCGUGAAGCAACUGUCUGUAAGAGAUUCACACAAGAAACACAGCAAGAUCAUCUGACCUGCUUAUGGUUCUAUUUUUUAUCAUGAUAAAAUAAAAAAGAAAUAAACUUCAAAUAUUUUUAUCCAAAGCAUUUUUUGAUAAAUUUUAAAAUGUAUUCAAUAACAAUAUGUACUUUUUUCUUAAAAACCUUUAAAAUACAUUGUUGUGUAAUAACAGCCAAAGCAGAGAGGACUGAAUGU